CACUACCAUGACAACUGUCUAUCUGUGACUAUUCUUUCCCCACAAUUACAUGGUGAAAUACUUUUCAGGAAGUCUUUCGCGUGUCCAAAAAUCAAAACCGAUUUGAUGACGGGGACAUCAAUUGGUGAUCUGAGCCCUGAAGACAUCACAAUAAUUGCUUCUAUGGGCGAUGCACUGGCGACUGGUUUGGGACUUUGGCCAAGAACAAAUAUUGAGUUUCGUGGCGCUGCUUUUCCUAGCGGAGGGGACGCUACUAUUGACGGUCUUGUCACUAUACCAAAUAUACUUCGUGAGUUUAAUAACCACUUAAUUGGUGUCUCUCACGGUAUGGGCACACGAGAUCAACUUCCCGAGACUCAACUCAGUGUCGCUGAGAGCGGAGCAACGACGGAUAAAAUGCCAGAGCAAGCACGCGAGCUUGUUCGGCGUCUGAAGAAUUUGGUGGAAGUAGAUCACACACAGCGAUGGAUAAUGGUUAUUGUCACGAUUGGUACUGAAGAGGUUUGCUUCCGAUGCACAGCUCCAAAUUUCACUGCUCUUGUUGAAGCCGUUGACAUCCUACAGAUGCACCUUCCGCGAGCGUUUGUAGUACUUUUGGGACCAAUUCAUCCUGCUACAUUUGGUAUUCUUGCAAUUCCUGAGCUGACAAUAACAUCUAGAUAUCCCUAUGGCUUAUUCAUUCCUAAUAAGCCGUUGCUGAACAGGAGAGGCCACAAUUAUGCGACAAAGUGGUUAUGGAAUCGUUUGAUAGCUGGUGAGAAUUAUAACCUUUCAGCUGCUGUACUCUCUCAAGAUGCAUAUUUCUGUCCAUCUAUUGGAUGUCCUUAUUUUCGUAACACCGCUAACGAACAUGGAUGUCAGCUGCUGAGUCUUCAUGAAGCUAAAGAGAAGGAACUUCUCUUAGGAAUUGAUGGAAAACUCCUUAAAAAGCGACGCCGUACAGCAGAACGUUUGUAUACGAUUGCUAUAUGUAUUGUCGGUAUAGCGUUUUUUGUAGUGUGCACUCUAGGGACCGUCUUUUACCAGCGAAGCAAACAGGGUCAUCAUGGUCGUUUCGAAAUCGUGGACGAGGUACAGAAAAAGUUUGAAGAAGCUCAGAAAGAGGAGGAGAAGAGUUUGUUGUCGAGGCAGAUGACAAGGGGUAUGUCAGUGAAUGAAGGGCCUCAAAGAAGCGUUCGUAAACUCACAGGCGAAAGCGAAUAG